AAAAGCUUUAAUUCACUUAAAGUUCGGCUCCGCGGCGCUCAAAGUGCCAGAAAAGUGUUUCCUCGGAGAACAUGGAAGUCCAGGGCCUGCAAGAGGCGCUCCAAGUGGAGAUCCAAUGUCAUCAGAAUCCCACGUUGUGUAAAGGCCUCAAUGAACUCCAGAACGGACAGAAGCUGGCGAUCAGAACUUGUCCUGUCGGUUCAACUAAGCCUCUGUCACUCAUCAAACCGUCCAAUCAGGGCAUCUCCAUCUCCGUGGUUCCCGCCAAGACUCCCGUCUCCAUGGUGACGGCACACAUCAACGGACAGAAGGCGGCGAGUUCGGAGCAGACGACCCCGAUCAACCUGCAGACGUUCAGCAGCCGGAGAGCCACAGAGCUGCCCCCCUCCCAGAUGCUGGGAACUCUUACUGCUGUUCCCAUUAAGGUGCCUCAAGUCAGUUCCCUGCACCGGCUGGCAGGACAAGCAGCCACUGUGCUACCUCAGGUCAGGCCAAAGACCCAGAUCCCGGACAGCCUUCCCCUGGUUCCCCUCCAGGAGCUGCAGCCGUCCGGCCAGCAGAGAACGGCGGUGGUGAGCCCUAAAGGCCCCACGCUGCCCACCGCCAAUAGCACCUUCAGCCCCGACCGGCAGCCCAACGGACAGAGCGACGCCUCGCCGUCGGGGGGUUCCGACUCCGGAGGCUCCGCCCAGCACGCCUCAGCCGGACCCGGCGUCGCCUACGCCAUCAUCGCUGCCUCGCCCGCCGCCGGGAACGGGGUAUCGUCGGUCAGCGAAGCCGUGAAGGUGAUCAUCAUCCAGCCUCAGACUCCCAGCAGCACCGACGGGCCUCCAGGGGGCGACGUCCCUCAGGAUGCCCAGAAGAAGGACGAGGACCCUGAGAAAAUCGCCUUCAUGGUUGCCCUCGGCCUCGUCACCACAGAACACCUGGAGGAGAUCCAAACCAGGAGGCAGGAGAGGAAGAGGAGAAGCACAGCCAACCCGGCCUACAGCGGCCUGUUCGAACCCGAGCGGAAACGUUUGGCGUCUCAUUACCUGAACAGCUCUCUGUUCCUGUCAGCUCGAGACUCUGAGGACUUCUGCUGGAAGGAGGACUUGGAGCAUGACGACCACUGUGCCAUCUGUAAGGAGGAUGGUGAGCUACAGCUUUGCCACAACUGCCCCCGAGCCUUCCACCCCAACUGCCUCCACCCUCCACUAAAAACGCCCCCCAGAGGCCCCUGGUACUGCCCCAAGUGCCAGAAGAAGGUUCUGAACAAAGAAAACAUGUCGUGGCCUCAGAAUUUCGUCCAGUCAUACGUCACACACAAGACAGUGCGACAGGAGGAGAAACGGCGGCUGCUGAGGAGAAACACUGAGCUGAAGAAGGAGUGUGUUCACCUGGAGGAACAAGACAAGAAGCUCAACCUGAUGCUCCAGCACUGCGUGGACCUGCGGGACCACCUCUUGGGGCAGCAGAGGGACACUCAGGCGUCUCUGGAACGCCUCAAAGCUCUCAUCAGGCUGAUCCAGCGCGACCAGCUGAUCCAGGUCACCAUGACGACCACCGCCACCAUUGCCGCCUCGCUGCUGUCCCCAUCCUGGAUCAAACCCACCAGCGCCGCCACCGGCCCCUCGGCCCCGCCCCUUCAGAGCAGUCAGGAUGACGUCACUAACUAGCCCCGCCCCCUGGCCGUUUGUGUUGAAUAUCCGGACUGAGAGCCUCUAUCUCCACUGAGUAUUUUUAAACACCUACAGUGCUUACGAGAUUUCUUUUUUUAAGUUCUUUUCUAUUUAUUCUUGGCCUUAAUGUAUUUAAAAGUUAGAGAACAGCGCCGCCACAGGCCCAGAAGAUAUUCCCUUUUUCUAACCAUUGUUCUGGUGUAGUGAGAGAACGUAGAGUAGAACUAGUAGAGAACUGUACAGAUCUAUCCCUCUGUCUGCCAUAAGAAUUCAGGUGUAUGGAAACGCAUACGAGCCUUCAAACAAAACAGAGAAUAACCUUUUUCAGUAUUAAUAGAGUCAAAGAAAAAGUAUUUAAGAUAAAAGUACAGAAAUUAGCAUUUCUAGUGGAGAUUUUAGUAUUUUCAUGCUGAUGCCUGAUCACUGUACAUACGUUUAUUAUUCUCAUUCUUCUCAUCUUUACUGGAGUCACACAGCUGGAGUUCAGUCAGAAAGCUGCUUCUCUGCCUCAGAAACCAGAAAAAACACCUGAAAUAUCACAGUUUAACAGCAGAGAGCAUCCAGGUUUCACUAGUAAAACUUUAUCUGUUAAAUCAGCGGUGUCAGACUCAUUCUAGUCCACAUUCCAGUAAAACCACAGCAUAAUAACCCAGAAAAAACCUAUAAAGAACCUAUAAAUAACCACAACUUCUAAGGGUUCCUCUGUUUUAGUGAAAAAAUGUUCACAUUAAAGGAAUUAUCUUUUCACUAAACAUCAUGAACAACCUGAAAUUCCUAAAGAAAAUAUGUUCAUCCUCAGUUUAUCAUUUCCACAUCACAACUUCCAGAUCACAGAGUGUCUACAAAGGAACACAACAUUUAGUCACCUGGAACCAGAGAGGAUUUACUGGAGGAUCACAACCACAAACAUCAGACCAAAAAACAACAAAGACAAGACAAAAUAUUACAAAAAUGAGACACAAAACGACAAAACAUGAGACAAAGGACACAAACAAAACACAAAAGAGACAAAAAAUGAAAAACACAAGAACCAAAACAAACAAAUGAGACAAACAACACAAAGCAAAACAAAAAAGACAAAAAAUGACAGAAAAAUGGACAAAUGACACGAACAAGGCAAAAAACGACAAAUUAAAACACAAAAUGACAAAAAUAAGAAAAAAACACAAGCGAGACGACAAAAACGAGGAACAAAAUGACAACAGUCAGACGAGAAAAGAAAACAAAAUCAAGACAAAAUAUUACAAAAAUAAGACACAAAAUGAUAAAAGUGAGAAACAAAAUGAGAAAAGCGAGACAAAAACAAAAGAAACAAAAAAUUAGACAAAAAAGUUACAAAACAAGAAAACAAUGAACAAAAACUAAACACAAAACUGACAAAAGCAAGAAACAAAACAGCCUCUGGAGGGCCGGUUUCAGACCCUCUGGAGACCCAGGUUGGACCCUCACGCCUCGUGUUUGACACCCCUGGUUUAAAGGUACAAAAACUCCUGGAAAGUUAUUGAAGCAACAUGAAUGUUUGUGGCUGUCUGAGCUGUAAAUCCUCCUGACCUGUGAUCCACAUAUCGAUGAGGAGCUCCAGGGUUGAGGUUCCUGCAGCAGAGAAGCUCCUGAGGCCCAGCGUGGUCCUCCCUUUAACCAGAACAGAAAAUAUGCCAAAAAAACUCUUUGUUUUUCUGCUGGACUCCAUCUCCUGUUUUUUUUAUCCACUUUCUAACAGCUGUGACGAACACUGCCUCAACUCAUCGUCUCGUCACGUUUGUCUUUGUUGCGUCGUUUCAGGACAGAAAUGCGACGCCUCCGUGGAACUACAACACUCCGACUGUCGGUGGACCGCCUGGUGCUGUCGGUUCCACCCGGUUCUGUCGGUUCCGCUCGGUUCCGUCAGUCCAUCCGUCUCGCUCGUCUUCCUGUUGGUCUGGAGGCGUCUCACUUCCUGUCUGACUCAUCCUGUCCUCACCUGUCGGCCAGGUGCAGCUCUGCUACCUGCUGAUGCACAAACAUGAACAAAUGGUGGAAAGAUGCCUUCAAGAAGAAAAGAUUUGAUUUAGAAUCAAAGAUUUGAUUUAGAACCAUAUCAGAACCAGUUCCGACUUUCAGACAAACACCAAGAAGAACCAACAAACACCAACAAAGAAACACCAACAAACACCAACAAAGAAACACCAACAAAGAAACACCAACAAACACCAACAAAGAAACACCAACAAACACCAACAAAGAAACACCAACAAAGAAACACCAACAAACACCAACAAAGAAACACCAACAAAGAAACACCAACAAAGACCAACAAAGAAACACCAACAAAGAAACACCAACAAACACCAACAAAGAAACACCAACAAACACCAACAAACACCAACAAAGAAACACCAACAAAGAAACACCAACAAA